CAGUCAGUGAGAGGAAGCUCAGCUGCUGCUCUGGAUUCAAACACGGAUUUAUCGAACUGAAAAGUCAAAAGAUGUGGAAGUCGGGCGCGGGCCACGACGUGAAGGUGAAGGCUGCUGCAGAGGCCGAUGACUGGGAGACGGACCCUGACUUCGAGAAUGACAUAUCCGAGCAGGAGCAGCGCUGGGGAGCCAAGACCGUCGAGGGCUCUGGACGAUCAGAACACAUCAGCGUUGCAGAGCUCAGAAGCAAAGUGGCUACGGAGCACGAGCAGGUGAGGAAGAGAGACCACACUCCUAAAGCGUCGUACGGAUACGGAGGGAAGUUUGGCGUGGAGAAGGACCGAAUGGACAAGGGGGCUGUGGGUCACGACUACGUGUCCCAGGUCAAGCAGCACUCCUCCCAGACAGAUGCGGCUCAAGGGUUUGGCGGGAAAUUUGGCGUUCAGAAGGACCGUGUUGAUGAGUCUGCCAUGGGCUUUGAAUACAAAGGGGAAGUGCAGCAACAUGCGUCUCAGAAAGAUCAUUCGAAGGGAUUUGGAGGAAAGUACGGCGUGGAGAAGGACAAAGUGGACAAGGCCGCGGUGGGGUACGAAUAUAAAAGCCAGACGGAGAAGCACCAGUCACAAAAAGACUACACGAAGGGAUUUGGAGGGAAAUACGGCGUGGAGACGGAGAAGGUGGACAAAGUGGCUUUGGGGUACGACUAUAAAGGAGAAACUGAGAAGCAUCAGUCACAAAGAGAUUAUUCAAAGGGAUUCGGGGGGAAGUUCGGCGUGGAGAAGGACAAAGUAGACAAAGCAGCUUUGGGCUACGACUACAAAGGGGCGACGGAGAAACAUCAGUCACAAAAAGAUUACUCAGCAGGUUUCGGGGGGCGAUAUGGAGUACAGGCCGAUCGCCAGGAUAAGAGCGCAGUCGGCUUCUCAGAUAUUGAAGCACCGUCGUCUGCCUAUGAAAAGACACAACCCCUGGAGGCCUCGACGUCAGGCGCAGGGAAGCUGAAGGCUCGUUUCGAGAACAUGGCCAAAUCUUCAGACGAGGAGAACCGGAAGAAAGCAGAAGAAGAGCGAGCGAGGAGACAGGCCCGAGAGAAGAGAGAGCGAGAGGAGGCCAAGCGUAGACAGCAGGAGCAGAGCAGCAAAGAGGAGGAACGUUCUCCACCUCCUGCUCCACGUGCGGCUCCAGCAUGCGAAAUGCCAACGGAAAUACACCAUCACAUGCCAGAGAUACAAGAAAGACCAGAACCAGAAUAUGAGCCAGAACCAGAAUAUGAGCCAGAGCCAGAGCUUGAACCUGAACCAGAAUAUGAGCCUGAGCCUGACGAUGAACCAUUGUACGAGGAGCCUCCAGCUUUGCCUCCACGCUCAGAAGAUUUCCUCGACCCUGAGGCCCCACCCCUUCCUGACAGGUCGGCGGACGUGGAGGACGAUGACGGGGAUUAUGAUGCAAUUGAUGAUAGGUUUCCUCCUCCUCUUCCUCCUCCUGCGGCGACAGAUGACAAUGACUAUGAAGACCUGACAUGUGGACAGAAGGCAAUAGCCAUUUACGACUAUCAAGGAGAGGCGGACGAUGAGAUCUCCUUCAACCCGGACGACGUGAUCGUCAACAUAGAGAUGAUCGACGAAGGCUGGUGGAAGGGAGAGUGUCAGGGACGCACUGGUUUGUUCCCAGCUUCUUAUGUUCAGCUCAUGUAGUUUGGGACGUACUGUUCAACAGAGGGAAGUCAACUCUGUAUUUAUACAAUAAAUCACAGAAAAGCUUCUGAUCAGCUGAUUUCAAUCCUCUUACUUGGUGUUGAUAACUUUCUUAUACAAUAUGACCAAUAAAGUUACGCAUCCUGUAUCUGCAAUAAACUGGAGUCAAUAAACUAUUCUACAGGCA